AUGGCUGGUCCUGAAGGUCAAAGGUGGGCCUAUGAGGAGAAAAUGAACGAGAUCGAGAUCAAAUAUUCGAGUUUGGUGGAACAGGCCAAGUACAAGCGUGCUGUUGCUGAGGAACAAUGCAGACGCCUGUCUGCUCGAGAGCAGAAGCUCGCCGACGAAUUGGAAGCCAAACAAGUGCAAAUUUUGAGCCUCGAGAGAGACUUAAAAGCCGCCCGUUUGACCGCUGCAGAAACUCAAGCAGUGGUGGAAAACCUACGAAGCCUAGUGGCCAUUGAGCGUGAGGAAAAAGAACGACUGUCUGCAAUGAAGUCCACCUUGGAAUUGGAAGACAACGCUCGCGAGUAUUCGGAGCUCAAAGCAGUCGCUUUGGAGCUGAAGUCGCGGCUACUUAAACGCGCCGAGCUUCUAGAAAAUUCACUAAGAGAGGCGAGACGGCUGCGUGGAAUUGUCUGUGAUAACAAGGAGAGUGCCGAAGGAUUUGGUGGAGAACUGGAGCGCCAAUACCCGCACACAGAAAACAACUCUCGCAGUGGUGACGACGACGCUGCGCCCUCGUGUACCCAGGCUCUCGGGGCCAAGCUGUGCGCUGCCCCGGCCGCCGCCUCGCUACCGCCCUCGUCCAUUUUCUCCCAACGUGACCGUCGGUCCUGCAUUCCAAACCAGCCAACAUUUGUAACCUUUCCUACCCAUUUCGGACAGUUGUCGCCUUAA